AUGGCAGAAACAACAUCAACAACGACCAAGAACUCACCAUCAAAAACCCAAAACAGAGUAAUCUUCUGCUUACUCUACUUCAUGCUCUGCAUCAUCACUCUUUCCGCCAUUUUCUUGCUUUCGAAACCCGAUUCGACAAUCCAAGAAACAUCGCAAACACCCACAAAUCAGCUCAAUUCACUAAACCCCAUCAUCAAAUCAGCUUGUUCUUCAACUUUCUACCCUUCACUCUGUCUUUCUACUGUCUCUUUUUCCCACUUUACUACCCUCGAUCGCUUCCUCGAGGCCUCGAUUAAUCACACUAUCGGCCUCGUAUCGAGUUCUCAGCCCGAGAUUGUCGAUUUCUUUAUUCGGGAAAUGCUUAACUCUCAAGAAAAGACUGCUUUUAAUGACUGUCUUGAUAUGCUUGAUCAGACAUUGUAUGAAUUAGGCCAAGCAAUGGAUAAUCUUCGUAGCUCUUUCGGGGUUUUUCGGCCGUAUUAUGGAGAUUUGAAGACUCUUUUGAGUGCUGCUAUGCCUAAUGAGAAUACUUGCAUUGAUGGGUUCUCUGAUUUGGAGGGAAUUGAAUCAAAAUUUCAUCAGAAAAAGGGUCUCAGAAUUUAUCUUGAGAUGAAAUUGAAACCCAUUGUUCAAAUGAUUAGCAAUAUCCUGGCAAUCGUAAAACAUAUGGAAGAAAGCAUUAAACAAGAAAAAGAUGAUCAGUUGUUAUUGGAUAAUUAUAAGCAGUAUUAUUCUUCUUCGGUUCAAAGAUCGAAAACCGGGUUUCUGCCAUGGAUGAGUAAGAGGGAGAGGAGGAUGAUGGGAAGAAGGAAUUACAGAAUUAAGCCGAAUGUCGUGGUUGCGAAUGAUGGGAGUGGGAAUUACACAACAAUUGGGGAAGCAGUAAAAAUGGCGCCAAAUAUGAGUAUGAGUAGGUAUGUGAUCAAAAUUAAGGCGGGAAUUUAUAAGGAAAAUUUGGAGGUUCCAAGAAAUAAGAUGAAUGUUAUGUUCUUUGGAAGUGGGCUUAAUUCUACUGUAAUUAGUGGAAACAGGAGUAUUGUUGAUGGGUAUUCAACCUUUACUUCAGCUACUUUGACUGUAAUUGGAGACAGGUUCUUGGCCAGAGACCUGACAGUAGAGAACACAGCAAGUCCGGAGAUGUACCAGGCAGUAGCAAUCAGAGUGACGUCUAACUCUGCUUUCUUCCGAUGCAAUUUCACAUCCAACCAGGACACUCUCUACGCUCAUUCCCUCCGUCAGUUUUACCGAGAAUGCAUCAUCCAAGGUACCAUUGAUUUCAUCUUUGGGAAUGCAGCAGCCAUCUUUCACAACUGCCAAAUUCUAGCCCGGAAACCUAUAUAUGGGCAGAGCAACAUGAUCACUGCUCAGAGCAGAGAAGACCCUAAUCAGAAUACUGGGUUCUCUCUUUCCAACUGCACAAUCAGCGCAGCACCGGAUUUUCCUCUUCCUGAUCGCAGAAGAUCAUAUACCUUUCUCGGUCGACCAUGGAGGAACUACUCAAGGACAGUUAUAAUGAGGAGUUAUCUCGGAGACCUGAUACAUCCACAGGGUUGGUCUCAAUGGGAUCAAUACAGCAAUUUGGAUACAGUAGAAUACAUCGAGUACAUUAAUACUGGACCAGGGGCAGACACUAGAUAUAGAGUUAAAUGGAGAGGAUACAAGAAGAAUUGUACAGAAGAUCUAGCAAAGAGAUUUACUAUUGGAGCUUUCCUGCAUGGUCCUGAUGACUGGCUACAUACAACUGGGUUUCCUUUGUUCCAUGAUCCAUGA